AUGGAAGAUGUUAUUUGGGAAAGUCAUGAGUACUUGACCAUUUACACAGAAUCCACUUGCAAAUUUUUCCUUCUACAGACGAGGGAAGAGAUUUGGAACACACCCCCAUUGAUCCAUUUUGCUUUAUCAGAAAAAUGCCUGCAACACCUCCAUUCUCUCACCCCAACAAGCCUCCUGCAAAAAAUGCUUUUAGAGCUUAAAACCCAGAGAGUAAUAGUUAUACCAUUGGUGGCCAUGAACUUGACUUGGUUUGCCAAGAUAACAAUCACCACAGCAUUUUUGGGCCAUCUUGGAGACUUGGAGUUAGCGGGUGGCACACUCGGAUUCACCUUUGCUAACGUCACCGGCUUCUCUGUGUUGAAUGGGCUCUGCAGUGCCAUGGAGCCUGUGUGUGGUCAAGCUUUUGGAGCUAAAAACUUUAGGCUUCUACACAAGACACUUGCCAUGGCAAUCUUCUUGUUGCUGCUCGUAUCACUGCCGAUUUCCUUCUUGUGGCUGAAUGUUGACAAAAUUCUCAUCCACUUCGGUCAACAACGAGAUAUCUCAAUUGUUGCCAAGACUUAUCUUUUCCAUCUCCUUCCUGAUUUGAUACUAACUUCAUUGCUCUGUCCUCUCAAAGCCUACCUCACCUCACAGAGUAUAACACUUCCUAUAAUGUUUACCUCAGCUCUGGCACUUUCUCUUCACAUUCCUAUCAACUUCAUGCUUGCAAAAGCCAAGGGUCUUGAGGGUGUCGCUAUGGCAAUUUGGAUAACCGAUCUACUAGUUGUGAUUCUUCUGGUGGUAUACGUGUUGGUGAUAGAAAAUGGUAAGGAGGGUACAUGGAACGAGGGAGGCUGGUGGGACCAAAGAGUGCAUGAUUGGUUCGGGUUCCUUAAGCUUUGUGGAUCAUGUUGCCUCACCACUUGUCUGGAAUGGUGGUGCUAUGAGAUUUUGGUAUUGCUCACAGGGCGACUACCGAAUGCCAAGCAAGCAGUAGGAGUCCUAGCCAUCAUCCUAAACUUCGACUAUUUGCUCUAUUCUGUCAUGCUUUCACUAGCUACAUGUGUAUCCGUGCGCAUAUCAAAUGAGCUCGGAGCAAACCAACCAGGCACAGCUUACCGGUCAGCAUAUGUCACGCUGUUAGUGAGUGCCAUUUCAGGUUGCAUUGGAGCUUCGGUGAUGAUCGGAGCCAGAGGCGCUUGGGGAUCUUUGUUUAGCCAUGACAAGGGGAUUAUAAAGGGAGUAAAGAAGAUGAUGGUGCUGAUGGCCCUGAUUGAAGUAGUGAACUUCCCGCUGGCAGUUUGUGGAGGAAUUGUGCGUGGAACAGCAAGGCCCUGGCUCGCUAUGUAUGCAAAUCUUGGUGGCUUUUACCUUCUUUCCUUACCAUUAGGUGUGGUUUUAGCCUUCAAAGCUGCACUGGAGCUUGCUGGGCUGCUGACGGGGUUCUUGAUUGGGGUAGUUGCAUGCUUGGCAUUAUUGCUAUUAUUCAUCGCAAGGAUAAACUGGAAUGCUGAAGCUGGCAAGGCACAAAUACUAACCUGUACCAUCCAGGAGGCCCAAGAAGAUGAAAAUCACAAAAACAUUGAGCCGUCUAUCAAUGCUUAAGAGUACAAAAGCAACUGCUAAUGUUUAGCAUGGCAAAUGUCUUUACAACUAGCAGCAAUGCACACCCAUAGACUCGCGUAAACUAGAAAGAAUGACCUUGAGAGGGAUCUACUAAACUACCUCCUAAAAAUGCAGUAGCAAACUCCCUGGCUGAUUAAAAGUUCCGUCCCAAUACUUCCUGCAUAAUUUAAGGAAGCAUGACACCUUCACCAGACCAUUGUAAAGUUAAUAGCAUCUGGUAUCACCAGUGUAACUAAAGUUAGUUUUAGUAUGGACGACAUUAUACGAGAA